GGGCAGGAGCGGAGCGGGGCGAGGGCCGUCCCGUCCCGUCCCGUCCCGUCCCACCCCACCGCGGAAUUGCUGCGGGGCAUCGGCAGGGCCCGUCCAACCCCAGGGUUGCUGCGGGGGCGUCGGCCGGGGCUCGGGGCUUGUCCUGCCCUGGAGCCGGUGGGCAGGGACGGAGCCUGGCGUGGGGGUGGAGAGGGCGAUACCCGCCCAAGGGACCCGGCCCCCGGUGCAGCACCGCGCUCAGCGGACCCGGCCCAAACGAUGGAGCGGUACCACGUCCUGGAAAUGAUCGGCGAAGGCUCCUUCGGGCGCGUGUAUAAGGGGCGCCGGAAACACAGCGCCCAGGUGGUGGCCUUGAAGUUCAUCCCCAAGGUGGGGCGGUCUGAGAAGGAGCUGAAGAACCUGCAAAGAGAAAUUGAGAUCAUGAGAGGCCUCCAUCACCCCAACAUCAUCCAGAUGCUUGACAGCUUCGAGACUGAUAAGGAGGUGGUGGUGGUGACUGACUAUGCAGAGGGGGAACUUUUCCAGAUUCUGGAGGACGAUGGGAGUUUGCCUGAGGACCAGGUCCAGACCAUCGCUGCUCAGCUGGUCUCUGCUCUCUAUUACCUGCACUCCCACCGCAUCCUGCACCGAGACAUGAAACCCCAGAACAUCCUUCUGGGCAAAGAUGGUGUUGUCAAGCUCUGUGACUUUGGGUUUGCCCGUGCCAUGAGCAUCCAUACCAUGGUGCUGACCUCCAUCAAGGGCACCCCACUGUAUAUGUCCCCUGAGCUGGUGGAGGAGCGGCCGUAUGACCACACAGCAGAUCUCUGGUCUGUGGGCUGCAUCCUGUACGAGCUGUUUGUGGGCACUCCUCCCUUCUACACCAACAGCAUCUUCCAGCUUGUCAGCCUCAUCGUCAAGGACCCUGUCAAGUGGCCCACGGCCAUGAGCCCAGUGUUCAAGAGCUUCCUUCAGGGACUACUAAUGAAGGACCCCCACCAGCGUCUGUCAUGGCCAGAGCUGCUCUCUCACCCAUUCAUUGCUGGACGGGUUACUGUGAUCGAUGACACAGAAGAGUGUGGGAUCUCAAACCCCUUUACCACAAAGCUGUCCCCAGAACUGCAGGCCCUGAAGGAACAGCAAGCCCAUUCCCUGGUCCCCAGGAGCAACCAGUCCAGGAUCCUGAGAAAGGCCCAGCGGAAGAUGGUUGAAGAGGCACAGAAAAAGGGGCAACUGAAGGCAGGUGAUGCAUCUAUGAAGGACUCUGGCAAUGGACACCCCAGGCAUAGACCCAGAGCAGGUCCAGGCAAGGCAGCCCCUGAGGAGGGGGAGUCACUGGCUGCCUCCAAUGAGAAUAACUCUGGUCUCCUGCAAGGAAAGAGCAGCAUGGCAGAGUGGGAAUUGGAGGAGUCUCUUCCUGACCCAUGCCAGCACAGCAUCUCUCGAGACUAUGAACGGGAGUUUCCUGGAGCAGGUGCCCCUGCACAGCCUGAUGCUGGCAGGGCAGAGCCCUGGGGCAGGCGCAGCAUUGAGGCCGUAGACCUGGAGAGUGAGGAGCUGGAGAGCGAUGAGGAGUGGCAGCACCUGAUUGAGGCCACUGAGCCCUCGGCCAUGCAGCUGAGCACAUCACUGAGCCUCCUGAGGGACCCAGCCUUUCAGCACCGUGUCAAGGACUGCCUGGCAGACUCUGCUCAGCAGGUGCUGGAAGGGAUGCUGGAGGGCGCCUCCUAUCUCCGUCCUGUGCUUCGUGUUGUGGGGAACCUCCUGGCUACCCAGUGUGACCCUGAGCUGCUGGACCACUUCUGCCAAGAACUGAAUGUGCCUCUGUCCCUGCUGUGUUUAGCCAAGCAGAUCCUGGAGAGUGGUUGCACCAAGCAGCAGCCCUGGUGUAUCACUGUGCUGACAGACCUCCUCAUGGUGACCACAGUUUAUUUCAGCAGUGAACGCAGCCUGGAGGAGAGUGGGCAAAAGGACAGCCUGCAGACCUUCCAGGAGAGUGCUGGCUGCUUCCUGGCCCUGCUGCCGGAGCUGCUGGCUGAGCCAGUCGACAGUGAGAUGAGACUCUGCCAGCAAAGCCUCCUGUGGUGGCAACCCCUGUGUCUUCCCCAGUGCUUCACCCAGCUCUGUGAGAGCCUGGAUGCAACAGACCCCUCCAUCUCUGCACCUUUCUACGCCAGCCUGCGAGAGGAGCAUCAGCCACUGCUGAACAGACUCCUUCACGGGUCCAUCUCAGAGCAGCCUGCUCUGCGAGGUGCAGCGAUGGAGGCCAAGUCAGACCAGAGCCCAUGUGUGGCAGACCUCUUCAUGGCUGCACUGGCUGCUGCCUGCAGUAUCCCCCUGGAGAGGAACAGCUGUCGGGAAGCCAAGCAGCAGGUCGCUCAGGUAGUAGCUGAAAAGCUUAUGGAAGGAGAGAGCCAGCAGCUUGGGAAACUGCUGGGAAGACUGGAGCACUCAAGCUGCUCCUUGAACGUACUGAAGAUCCUCUAUGCUGGCUGCCAUGCCCACCCAAGCCUGUGCCAGCACCUGGGAAGGAGCCAACUGCUGUGGGGUUUCCUCAUGCAGCUCUUGAAGGGUGAGGUCCCCUCGGUGGAGGUGGCCCAGGAGGCAGCCUGUGAGGCCUCUGUGUGCCUGCUAGCCCUGCUCACUCUGCACUUUCAGGCCUCCCCUCCCAGGCUUGAGGAGGUGGUUCCCUUGGCUGUGGAUCUCAUCAUGCAAUCUCCUGUUGUCUGCCUUGUGGGUGCUGCAGCAUUCCUCCUGGCACAACUCAGUCAGCAUGGGGUGGCCUUUGAGCUCAAGGGAGAAGAGGUCCUACCAGUGGUGACAAAUGCACUGACAAUACCUGCUAAGCUGCAGCUCCCCCUGCCAAUGGGUGCUGGUCUCUAUGAUGGGCUCUUUUUCCUCCUGCUGAAACUCCUUGCUCAGGACGAUGUGGCCAUGGAGCCGGGCUUUGCCUCCUCAGAGCUGUGGAGCCUUGUCUGGCAUUGUGUUGCUGUGGUGCUUCAAGUGGGCAGUGACAGGGCAGCGCUGGAGGGAGAGCCCCCAGGGGCAGGCCACCCCAUGGCAGAGCCAGACUGGAACCUCCUCUCCCCUCAAGGCACCCUGCUCUUCCUCAGCCUGGCUGUCUGCAUCUUCACUCGUGAGUCGCACCAGUGCCUGCCUCAGCUCACCCAGUCCCGUGGUGUCCUCAUGGUGACCCUGAAGAGACUGCUGUCCCCCAGCUUCCUGGAAUGCCUGGCACAGAUGCAAGCAGGAGAGGAUGGGGACCCUGAGGUUGUCCCAGCUGUGGUCAUCCAGGCCUGCCAGCUCCUCUGUUUCCCUUUUGCCCUGGAUGUGGAUAGAGACACCUUAGCACUGAUCAUGGAGGCUAUGAGAGACACCCAGAUCCCUGCCCAGCUGCUGCAGGUCUGCUCUCGCCAUCUGCCCUUCUCAUUCACAGAGCUCCCUAUGAGCCUCUUGUGCCACCUCGUUGUGUCUGACACUCAGGUCAUAGACCAAGUGGUGAGGGAAGCUGCCACCUCAGAGCAUGUCAUUGCCUUUUUCAAAUCUGCCUUGUUCUCAGACAACCUCACACUCACAACUGACCUCCUGUCUCUCUUGACCCACGUGGCCCGGGCCUGUUCGGAGCAUCUGCCCUUUCUCCAGAGGAUCCUGAGGGGCUUGGAUGUGGCUGACCAGCCACUGACCUACCUGCUCGGCCACCAGCAAUACCUGAUACGGGCCAAAACCUGCAAUCUGCUGGGCAACCUGCUCCGACACGGCUUUCCCGCGGCGCUGCAGAGCCAUCCCGGCUGGCUGGAGAGCCUGCUGGGGUGCCUGUCGGACGCGGAGGGCAGCGUGCGCAAGGCAGCCAGCUUUGCUGUGGGCAACGCCGCCGGCCACGCGUCCUGCCCGGCCGGGACCCUGCGCAAGGCCGUGCCCGCGCUGGCCCGGCUGCUCAGCGACCUGCCGGCAAAGACGCGCUGCAACGCGGCCCUGGCCCUGAGCAACCUGGGCCAGCGCGGGGCAGAGCUGGGCGACCUGCUGAUCCAGAGCAGGGCCCCCCACUUCCUGCUGCAGAUGGCCUGCCAGGACCCCUGGGAGAGCGUGCGGGAGGGAGCCCUCGUGGCGCUGCGGGUCCUCAGCGAGCACCCCGGGAUCCAGCAGGUGCUGCUGUCCCUCGGAGCCCCCCACAGGCUGGCCGCGCUGGCUGGCGGCAGCCCCCGGCCGCCUCAUGCCCGGCAUUGCGAGGAGCUCCUUCGCCGGCUCGCAGCCGUGCCCGGUCCCGCGUGUCCCCGCCGGCUGCCGCCCGGCACCGACGCCGAGCGGUGACGCCC